AUGUUUAACAAUACGGUGACAGAGUUUAUCAUUCUUGGUUUUUCCGCCUUCACUGAUAUCCAAUUUCCAUUCUUCUUCCUCUUUUUCUUCAUAUACCUGAUCAUUCUGUUGGGAAAUGGGACUGUUGUGUACAUUGUGAACUCCGACCCAUCACUGCACUCUCCAAUGUACUUCUUCCUUUGUAACCUGUCAACACUAGAGAUUGUGUACUCCUCAGUUGUCAUCCCAAAAAUGUUGGCCAACCUUAUCUCUGAGGACAAACGGAUAUCGUUUCAUGGUUGUGCUCUUCAGAUGUUUUUGUUUUUAUCUUUGGGAACCACUGAGUGUCUUCUUCUCGCUGUCAUGGCUUAUGAUAGGUUCACAGCCAUUUGUCGCCCUCUAAGUUAUAGCCUUAUCAUGUGCCAAGUAAGGUGCCAGCAGUUUUCUGCCUUUGCAUGGUGGUCAGGAAUUCUCCUAUCUUUGAUCCAGACCACCUUGAUUUUUGUGCAGCCAUUCUGUGGUCCCAAUGUCAUUGACCACUUUUUCUGUGACAUUCCCCCUGUUUUGAAGUUGGCAUGUGCAGACACGUACCUGAACGAAGUUUGCAUUUUCAGUGUCUGUGUAGCCAUCCUGCUGGCACCGUUCCUACUCAUUCUGGUUUCCUACAGCCAAGUUCUCUACACCCUUCUUAAAAUGAGUACAGUCGAAAAUCGUAGGAAGGCGUAUUCUACAUGCAUGUCCCACUUGACCUCAGUCACAUUGUUCUACGGUACUGCGUCCUUCAUGUACCUUCGUCCCAGGUCUCAAUACUCCCUGGAGAUAGACCGCUUUCUGGCAUUGUUUUACAGCGUGGUGACGCCUUUGUUAAACCCUUUAAUAUAUAGCCUGAGGAACCAGGAAGUGAAAACUGCAAUUUUCAGACUUUUUAAUAUAAUCUUUAUUAGAAGUAAAUAA